AUGACCUCUUAUGAGGAGGAGAGCACACAGCCAAAGCAGCGCAUUACAACAAUUGUGUUGGCUGUGCUGGCCAUUGUUUUUCUAUGUCUUCGACUGCUCGCUCGACGGGUGAAAAAGAUUCAUUUGGGUCCUGAUGACACUACCCUAAUUGUGGGACUAUUUGGCGUUUUGGUUGUCGCAGGGGUUAAUCUCGCCAGUAUUGAAUAUGGCAUGGGCCGACACACUAGUACUAUUCCCCUGGAUAGGGAAGGUACAUUCUUCAAGCUUGUGUACGCAUUCGAGCCCCUCUAUAUCACCACGGCCGGCAUCAUAAAGCUCUCGGUACUCCUCAUGUACCAUCGCAUUUUUCCAGUUCGAUAUGUGAGAAUUUGUGGUUUAAUUCUUGGCUCCAUUACUAUUGCUUGGGUCAUAUCGAUCGAUCUCUUGGCCAUCUUUCAGUGCUCCCCGGUCGCCAAAGCAUACAACCCCACUCUUCCCGGUCAUUGUAUCAGCCUUAAGGGGGCCUUGGUUGGGAAUGGCGUACCAAAUUUCGUGACGGACAUAUUUAUUCUGGCGUUGCCUUCAAGGCUCAUCUGGGGACUGCAAGCAAGUUUGUGGCAGCGCGUAUCGGUCAUUGCUGUGUUUUUAACCGGAAGCUUCGUCGUGUUUGCGAGCAUCUACCGUUUCAGCUUGAUCUUUAUCUUCAAUAUGGACGACGUCGCCUGGACACUUGCCGAUGCCCAAACGUGUCAAAAUUUGUACCAGGGGUCUUGUCUCCACCGCCAAAUCGCUAUCGAAGUCCAAUUUGACUCAGUCGGAAAAUCGACUGCAGUCACGGACUGA